AUGUUCCUUUCAAGUUUUAAACAAAGCGUUUUUGGACUUGUUCUGCUUGUGUUGGCUUGUGGCGUAUCUUCUGCUAUAAGUUCCAUCGACCCGGACCGGCCGGGUGAAGGCAGAUGCCAGGAAAUCGCAAUCCCCUUAUGCAAGGACAUCGGCUACAACUUGACAGUCAUGCCCAACCUGAUGGGGCACGAAGAUCAAAGCGAGGCUGCCAUAAAACUUCACGAGUUCGCACCGCUGAUUGAAUUCGGCUGCCACAGCCACCUGAAGUUUUUCCUCUGUUCACUGUAUGCUCCCAUGUGCACAGAACAGGUGUCAACGCCAAUUCCGGCUUGCAGGGUGAUGUGUGAACAGGCGAGGCAGAAGUGCUCCCCAAUCAUGGAGCAGUUCAAUUUUAACUGGCCUGACUCACUUGAUUGCUCCAGGCUUCCGAACAAGAACGACCCCAACUAUUUGUGCAUGGAAGCCCCCAACAAUGGCAGUGAUGAUCCUUUUAAAGGGUCGCACACACAGCCUCCGGAUGCACGCCCUCCUCGACAUGGGAACAAGGAUCUGUCCAUUAAGGAGAGGCCGGGCAAGGAUACCUGUGGAAACCCUGGAAAGUUUCAUUACGUGCAGAAGAGUGAGUCUUGUGCCCCCAAGUGCUACCCCAAAGUGGAUGUGUACUGGAGCCAAGCGGACAAGCGCUUCUCUUUGGUAUGGAUGGCUAUCUGGUCCAUUCUGUGUUUUAUCUCCAGUGCGUUCACUGUCCUCACCUUCCUUAUCGACCCACAGCGUUUCAAAUACCCAGAACGCCCCAUUAUUUUCCUAUCCAUGUCCUACUGUGUGUACUCUGUGGGAUUCCUCAUCCGGCUGUUUGUUGGGGCCGAAAAUGUGGCCUGUGACCGUGACAGCGGUGUCCAAUAUAUCAUUCAGGAGGGCCUGGAGAGCACGGGCUGCACCAUAGUCUUUCUCAUCCUCUACUACUUUGGCAUGGCUAGCUCCCUCUGGUGGGUGAUUUUGACUCUGACUUGGUUCCUGGCUGCAGGAAAGAAAUGGGGACACGAAGCCAUUGAGGCCAACAGCAGCUAUUUUCACCUGGCCGCCUGGGCAAUUCCAGCCAUAAAGACCAUCCUGAUUUUGGUCAUGAGGAAGGUGGCAGGUGAUGAGCUGACUGGCGUGUGUUAUGUGGGCAGCAUGGAUGUCAAGGCCAUGACUGGAUUUGUCCUUAUUCCUUUGUCAUGCUACCUCAUAAUUGGUACAUCUUUCCUUCUGUCAGGAUUUGUGGCUCUUUUCCACAUCCGCAAAAUUAUGAAGACAGAGGGCGAGAAUACGGACAAACUGGAGAAACUCAUGGUGCGAAUCGGGGUGUUCUCUGUCCUUUACACCGUCCCUGCCACCUGUGUCAUUGCUUGCUAUUUCUACGAGCGCUUAAAUAUGGACUACUGGAAGGUUUUGGCUGAAGAGCAGCGCUGUGUGGAAGGGAACAGUGGAAGUGGAGACGAGUGCACAAUGAAAAACUCCAUACCGGCUGUGGAAAUCUUCAUGGUAAAGAUCUUUAUGCUGCUAGUAGUGGGCAUCACCAGUGGCAUGUGGAUCUGGACCUCUAAGACUUUGCAAUCCUGGCAGAAUGUCUUCAGUCGCAAACUUAGAAAGAGGGAGAGGAGGAAGGCGGCUUGUGUUUUCACAGGUAGUGGACCUUAUCUGAAACCUCAUCCUGCACUGAAAACUCACAAAACAAAGUACGAACCUGCAGGAGGUCCUGCUACAUGUGUAUGAACUCAAUGGUUAUGUUUGACCUCAGAGACACCUACUAUACGUUCUGGUAGAGUUUGUGGAUAAACCUGCUACCACAAAAGUUCCCGGUUUAUGCACUCAAUUCAGGAAGGACACAGAUCUAAGUGUUAAGUCUUUAAGUUCUUCCUGAGGAUUUGUGUGAGCCUCCUUCAGCUGCUAGUUCUGGUACUACUUAUUCACUUUUGGAAAGUUUAAAAAUGAUUUGUUUGUUUUGUGCUGUCAAAAAACUGAAAGGAUAAAAAAAAACAAAUUCUCUUUGUGGUUAUGUCACUGGGAAAGGCUGUAUCAUGGGCAACUGAUGUCUCUCUAAGUGACAAGUGACUAAAAGCCUCUUAAUACUUUAGGGCCUGAUUAAACACGCUAACAGGACUCGGCGUACAAUGUGUGUGAAUGAGCCGGCGAGAAGUGGGGGCUCCUCCACAGUGGGUUUUCUAUGGAAAUGAAGGCCAUGUCAUACAUACUCUGCUACAGUGACAUUAGAGAGCAGCUGUUGGCUUAGGCCUGGGCAGAGAAUGAACUGGUCAUUGUAAAGCCCCUUUAUGGCGUAAAGCAAAUCUACAAGCACUAAAUGUUGUCAAAAAAGACAGAGGCCUUUUAACUGGAACAUUCUUUACAGCUGCUGUUUAGCCCCUUGGACUGUUUUGUUCCACUAAGCUCUUUUUUGUAGCACGAAGAUGCCUGUGUACAUAUUUCUAAAAAAGUUCCUAUUUUGUAAAAAAGAAAAUAAAGACCUACUAG